CUUUUAUAUGAUGUUUACCGGUCAAAAGCAUUAAUUGAUCAUUUUCUAUCGAUUUAUUGCUACUUUAUUGAUACAACCUCGUCGAUCGAGAAUUUUGCAUUUUUGAUGUUAGUUUUAACUUGCGAGCCCGUAGAAAUAAACGUUAUGUGAAGUUAGUGGAAUGGCGGUUAUAGAAGAGCCCCCUGAGGGUAUUUUAAAAAAGGCGGAAAAAACUAAAGAUAAUAGUGAUGAUGUUGAAGCUGGAGAUAGCAGUGAUAUCCUUAGGGAAGAAAGACGUAGCACUGGCAGAGCAUUAGCAACGGGUGUAAUUAUUUUUAUAGUUGUAGUUGGAUUAUACCAUGCGGUGGUGUAUGGGCGAUCAGGACUGUCUGCUCUGAUGGGCGGAUUUAUCAUUAUGAUACUGUACGUUGCUUCCCUGCUGUACGCAGCACACAGAAAGAGAAAACUCCAACGGUCUAAUGAGGCGGCCUUGGAACGAGAAAUAGAGGAAGUAAUUGUCAACGCAUCAAAGUCAGCAAAAAAAUCGCCUGAAAAGAAAAGAGACUGCGAAGAAUCUCAGCCGACAGAUCGACCAGUAUUCAUUAGGACCUAUUCAAUAGCAUAAACGUGCAGAUAGACACUUGAAUUCGUAUUUUGAUGUAAAGUGAAAAUAAAUGUGAAUAUUUUUUAUUUUAAAAAUGUUAAAUUGUAAACAAAAUUUCGAAGAUUUAUGUAAAAUGUGUUUUUUUGAUAUUUGAUAGACAGUUUAAGGUAAUUAAUAAUUGGAGUCAUUUAUACGAUUUAAUAUGAGCAGAGGACAAUAAACAAAACUUAAGAAAAUAA